AUGAAUGAUGCUAAGUGCCAGUUUCUGUUUUUCUCCACUCUGCCUGAGCUGCGAAAACUGUGUGCCAUGAAAAUUACAUUGAGUUCUCAUUUGGCAGAAAACGAAAUUAGAACAGCACAAAGGAAGAUGUGCAGGCAGCUCUUGCUUCUGCAUCAAGAUGUCCUUUCUUCACCUGUCCCUGGAACACUGAAUCAAAUUUUAGUAGUUAUGACGAUACUCUGUUACAAAUCAGGAAAGUGUCAAGCCUAUGUAGAGAAACAUGGAGCUACAAUAGGGACACCAGAGAGAGUUAUCCCUGCUGUCUUUCAAACCUGCUUCUCCUAUACGCUUAUAGCCAAGCUCGCUCCUAGUUGGAACCUGGCUGGUCAUCUGUUGAUACAAGGGAAAGAUUUUUUAUCACAACGGGGAAAGCAAAAUGCAGUUGUUAUGGACAUCAAUGUAACUGAGACUCAGAUUUGCAUCAGUGUCGAGGUUUGCACAGUUCGACUACCACCACCUAAGCUGGAAGAUUUUGAUAUUUCAGCAAAUAUCUUAAUGAGAUUUGACAGUGAUAAAAAUGAAAUAAUUAAAAGACACUCUGUUUUAAGUAACUGGUGCUAUGUGUUGCCAAGCAUGAAAAUGGGUCAGAUUAUAAGUAUUAGCCAUGUAAUUCCAUCUGAGUCUCCGUUUCAAUCAUACAGCAGUUUACAGCUGCACUGGGAAAAUCUGUAUGGCUAUAUUCUCCCUAAGGAACCCUUGACAUAUUGCAACAUUUACUUCAAAAUGAUAGGGGAACAAUUAUUUACAUAUCCUUUAUAUCCUUUAAAUUGCAUCAGAAGUCAGCCGGUGCAGUAUUUUCCUCGAAUACAUUUAGAAGGAGCUCUAAAUGCUUUUCUUACUGAUCUGAAGGCUGUACUUCCUCAUGCAUGUGGAUUUCCUCUUAAGAUGACAAGCAAAGCAUUGUAUGCCACCCAAGAUCUUACACGGCCAUCUAUACAGAAAGUAAAUAUAAAACCAGCCAAUCUCACUGGGAAAAGGAAUUGCAAAGUAACUUUGAUUCAAGAGAUUCCAAAGAAAGGUAUCCUUAAUCAUAGUUCAUGUGAUACCAAAAGAAGCCACAAGAUGGUGCUGAAAGUUAACCAGCUGAAAACAGGAUUCUCUUAUCUCCAUUUAUUAGCAGGUGAUGGGAAUAUAGGCAUAAUGGGAAGAAAAUCCCACAGUAGAAAACAGUGGAAAACUUCAAAUGAACCUGCACAACAACUGCACUCAACUGAAUCUUUUAAAAUGUUAAAGCAUUUAUUUGCAGAUUCUCUUAAAAAAGAUUCCACAAGGAUUGUUCCAAUUUUCAAAGGAAAACUGUUGCAGAUGGAAAUGCAAACCACAAAAGCCUUACCUGGAAAGCAUAAACAAACCAUUCCACAAUAUUAUCCAAAUGUAAUGAAAACGAACACAGCUGCUAAAUUGACUGUAUUCAAGCCUAGUUCCUAUCAAAUUAACAAAUCAUUACAUGAUACAACAUAUAAAAAAAUUACAAAUGGAAGUGUUCUUCAGACACAGAUUUGUCAAGCAAAUAUAAAAUGUGCACUAAACGAGAAAAAUGAGAACAAUGGACAACUGUCAACUAAUGGAGCAGGUUUGGAUAGAAAUUCAAGUGAAAUCAAAUCCAGAAAAAUAAACUCUUUGCCAUCCACUAGUGACAGAUUGAUGCAUCAUGCAUCAGUUACUCAACAACAUUUGCACCGACCUGCAAAUCUCAGCUCCAAUAACAAAGGGGAUAGAAAAACUACAAGUCAAAAUAUCCCAAAUAUUGGAUCAAAGAAAACCCUUCCCUGGUUAUCUGUCUCAGAUGUGGAAGUGACAAAUCCCAAAACAUUUCAAAAACAAAGUCCAACUGAAGCAGCAAAAACAAGUACAUACAGAUUAAGCAGUUCAGUGUACAAUAAGGCCAAAAGAGGACGAGAUAAAAAAGCAACAGUAGGACCAUCAAAUCAAGAUACCAUUAAGACAUCCAGUCACCAAUUCGACAACCUACAGGUGCUGAAGAAAAAUGCAUCAUUCCACUGUGAAGAUGUGAAUCUGAGACAGAUUUAUUCAAAGGCUGAAAUCCACUUGAUAUCUGCACCAGACCGAACUGGCAGGAAACACCAGAUAAAGUUUUAUGGGUUGAUGGUAGUUGAAGAAUUAUAA